AUGGCAACUGCUGAAUCCCUUGAAGGACUCCUGGCAGACACCAAAUGCCCCAUCUGUCUGGAUUGCCUGAGAAACCCUGUCACCAUCGAAUGUGGUCACAACUUCUGUCACUCCUGCAUUGAGCACACCUGGAAGGAUCAACAUGACAUAUUUCUUUGCCCUGUGUGUCGCCACUCAUGCCAAGACAUGCAGCUGAGGAACAACACCCAGCUGGGAAAUAUGGCAGAAAUUGCCAAGCUGCUUCACAUCACCAUGAGCAAGAUGGAGAAAGAGGAAGAGACAAGCUUGUGCAAGAGUCACAAUCAGCUCCUGAGCCUUUUCUGUGAGGAGGAUCAGAAGUUUUUGGAAUAUGAGCGAGAGACACUUCUCACCAGGUUAGCUGAGGAAGAGAAGUACAUUAAACAGAAACUAAAUGCAAACAUAGCAGCAUUCUCAGACUACAAGUCUACACUCAAAAGUCUACUAAAGGACGUGGCAGAGAAGAGUGUGGUCUCAGAAGUGCAAUUACUUAGCAAUAUCAAGAGCAUCCAUGACAGAUAUGAAAGACUGAAAAGUCCUGAUCUUUUUUCGUUCCAGUUAAGGAAAGAAGAGUGUGUUCUUCCUCCACUGUCCUUGGAGCUUCAGAAAAUUAUAAAGAAAUUUAAAAGAGAAGUGACUCUGGAUCCAGAAACAGCACAUCCUAAUCUGCUUGUGUCUGAGGAUAAAAAAUCGGUGACAUUGGUAUUGACAAAGAAAAGAUCUUAUUUUAAUCAAAGGGGCUUUACCACUUACUCUGUUGUGCUUGGUUGUGAAGAUUUCCAAUCUGGCAGACAUUACUGGGAAGUCAAAGUGGAUGACAAGCCUGAAUGGAUGCUGGGGGUUUGUGUAGACUCCCUCUCCAGAAAGGAAACACAACUCCCAACAGGACAGAACAGAUGCUGGGCAAUUCAGCUUUGCAAUGGUGACUAUGUUGCACAGGGUCCUGUUCCACUCAUUCUGGUGUUGAGGGACAAACCCAGAGGGAUUGGCGUUUACCUGGACUAUGAGUUGGGUAUGAUUUCAUUUUACAAUUUGAAUAACAGAUCUCAUAUCCACUCUUUCACUGACAGAUUUUCUGGAGUACUGAAACCUUAUUUCUAUGUUGGACAUGAUUCUAAACCGCUUACAAUCUGUGCAGUCACAGAUUAUGAAUUAUAA